AGAGGAACAGCCUCCUGAAGAAGAUCUAGAAUCCCAGUGCAGUCAAGCUAAAUAGGUCAGUGAUCUGAGGUGUGUGCAAUUUAUCAAGAACAAUGAUUAAGGAAACAAUAAUUUUUGCGACCGCACUUUUGGCGCUGAGUCAAGCUAUGUCCAUCGACAAAGAACCGAAUGAAAAGGUGGCGAUUCCAGUAGCUGUUGAAGACAAACAAGAUGUUCAGGAAAGUGAUGAUUUGCAACCUGAAGCCAGCGCUUGGGGCGGACGGGGUCGUGGAGGAUGGGGCGGACAUGGCAAAAGAGGUGGGGGAUAUGGACACUACGGAGGAUGGGGCGGUGGCCACGGAGGUUACGGAGGUGGAUACGGAGGUUACGGAGGUGGACACAGAGGACAUUGGGGCUAAACAGGGAUUCCUACUCGGUUAUCACUUUUGUUCAGUCAGAACAGCGAUUUUGAAUAAUAAUUCAUUGUAAUUUUGGUAUGAUUAAAGACGUGUAUGUAUAGGG